AUGAAUUUUCUAGUUCCAAAGCUGCCAGAAUUCGAUGAGAAAACAGAUGAUCCAGAUCAGCAUGUUUUACACUAUGAAACUUCCAUGAUUCUAUGGCAGCACAGUGAUGAGUUGAUGUGCAAAAUGUUUCCAAAGUCACUGGCUGGAGGAGCAAUAAAAUGGUUCAAUAAAGUCCCGACACAGUCAAUCGGUACUUACCAUGAAUUGGUUGGAGAAUGCUACUCCCACUACAAGUACAACAGACGUGAUCGGAAGGGAUGCCACGAUUUUUUCCUUCUAGCAAUUCGGAAGGAGGAAAACAUCAGACAGUUUACUCGAAGAUUCAAUAAAGAGUUAGCAGAGGUUGAUGGUGCCAAAAAUAAAAUCGUCAUCGCAGCUUACAAGCAGGCGUCCCAGUACGAUCAAAGAGGUGUGUACGGUUCCUUGGUCAAGAGACCACCAAAGACUCUGGAAGGACUGUAUGAUCGAGUGCAAGAAUAUGCUCGAGUGGAGGAUGAUUCCAAAGCUCGAGAGAUGAGAUAUAUUAACAGAUCAUCCAAUCAUCCAAAUGAUGGGAGGAAAGACAAGUCAAAGAACCGUUCGAACGGCCAACACAAUGAUCGAGGUUAA